UCAAUCUCAUAUUACAUGAUCUCUCUCUCUCUCUCUCGCUCCUCCUUUGCCCUUCAGAGAUGUUCCUAAUUAAUUUCUUUUCUUUUCUUGGAAUUGAAGAGCUUCUUGCUCCAUAAACAGUAGAGAGAGAAGGCUUCAAUAGAGAGAGAUCAGAAAGAAUCGUGCUAAUCAGUGAAGUUAGGCAAAAAAAAAACCCACUUUCUACUUUUGUAUAAUUAGGUCAAUCUCAUCCACCACCAUACUCUUCUCUCCUCCAUUCUCCUCCUUUUUCUCAAUUCCGAAACUAGGGUUCCAUUUCUCUCUAUAUCCACUCUUUCUUGUGUUUGUGUACCCAAAGAUUGAAUCUUUAACUUCAAAUUCUCAUCGAAUUGCUCUCAAAUCGAAUGGAGAGGAAGUCAAAAUCCGGAGAGAUCUGAGAUUGAUUCCCUAAACAAGAAAUAUGAAUCCAGAAGAAGAGAAACCUGUGGAAGAAGCUUCUUCGAUGGAGAGAGAGCACAUGUUCGACAAAGUAGUAACACCAAGCGACGUAGGGAAACUAAACCGACUCGUGAUCCCAAAGCAACACGCAGAGAGAUACUUCCCUUUAGACAAUUCCUCAACAAACGACAAUAACAAAGGUUUGCUUCUAAACUUCGAAGAUCGAACAGGAAACUCAUGGAGAUUCCGUUACUCUUACUGGAACAGCAGCCAAAGCUAUGUCAUGACUAAAGGUUGGAGUCGUUUCGUCAAAGACAAGAAGCUUGACGCUGGCGACAUCGUUUCUUUUCAGAGAGAUCCCGGUAAUAAAGACAAGCUUUACAUCGAUUGGAGGAGACGACCAAAGAUUCCCGAUCAUCAUCAUCAGUUCGCCGGAGCUAUGUUCCCUAGGAUUUACUCUUUCCCUCAUCCUCAGAUGCCGACAAAUUACGAAAGUCACAACCUUUAUCAUCGAUUUCAACGAGAUCUAGGAAUUGGGUAUUAUGUGAGGUCAAUGGAGAGGAGCCAUCCAACGGCUGUGAUUGAAUCCGUGCCGGUUAUGAUGCAAAGGAGAUCACAAGUGGCUGCUAUGGCUUCAUCAAGAGGAGAGAAGAGGUUAAGGCUGUUUGGAGUGGAUAUGGAGUGCGGCGGCGGCGGCGGCGGCGGAGCAAGUGUGAAUAGCACGGAGGAAGAGUCGUCGUCUUCCGGUGGUAGUAUGCCAUGUGGGAGCGUUUCUAUGGCUGGUGCUGGUUCUCUUCUCCAGCUGAGGUUAGUGACCAGUGAUGAUGAGUCUUUAGUAGCAAUGGAAGCUGCAAGUGUUGAUGAGGAUCAUAACUUGUUUACAAAGAAAGGAAAGUCUUCUUUGUCUUUCGAUUUGGAUAGAUGAUGAUGAUUAUGAGGUUAAUCUCUAUUUAAAUACACAUUAUAUAUGAUAAUUAUACAUAUUAUAUAUAUGUGACACAAGGGUUUCGUUCAAGAUUCAAUGAUAAUAUCAAGAAAUAACAUGUUCUUUAAUAAAUCGAAUUUGGUUCUA